AUGGAUCUUGAUGAGUGGGAGUACCUACCAGAUGAUGCGUUUCUUGAUUUCCAUGAAGACAGUGAAGAGAAGAGGAUUUUCUCGAGCAAACGCUAUUCUUCUUCUGAUAAUUCAAAAAGUGUUUUCAACAUGAACUACUUCAUAAUCCCAUCACCCAGUUCUAGGUCAAAAGUCAUUCACGAGACACCCCCACGACGACAACCGCUAACACCACCGCAACCGGCAGCGCCAGCUUGGAUUAAUUCAAGUCUUGUUCCCGUUCCAAUUCAGCUGGAACUACCUCCAAGCUUUGACAAGGCCUCAUCACUCUCACAAGAAGAAAAAGAAGAAGAAAAACAAGUCAUCAAAGUCUCACAAGUGGAUCAAGACGCACAACUCUCCCAAGUUUACUUCAAGAAAACUUGGGAAAAUGAAUUUGCCGACAUGAAAAUAUUGGACUCCCCAAAGUCUCCCACCUGCAGAUCACCCAAGUUUAUGCAUCAACAAACUGAUAAGUUUCAGUUUGAUGACAAUUUAGGUCAAGAAAUCACCUCUCCAAGGAAGGAAGUUGUUGACAAAAACAGCUUGUUGGAGUCAUCAGAAGAGAUAAAUAGCAACAACAACAUCUGGAAGCUGAGUUUUACAGGAAUCGGAGCAAUUUGCUCUUUUGGUUUUGCUGCUGCUACCGUUUGUAUUAUCUUUUUCGGUGCCCAUCAGAGGAAAAAACAGUAUCAGCACAACCAGAAUCGCUUCCAGAUCUACACUGAUGACAAGAAGAGGAUUAAGCAUGCUGUUCAAGAUGCAACCAAAGUGAAUGAAGCAUUUUCAACAGUAAGAGUAUCCCUCCCUAGAGCUCAUGUCACAUAUGGUGGUUACUAUAAUGGUCUAUGAACAGCCGCCUCCCACUCGAUGAAAUGGAAGUUAAUUUACAGUACUGCCUGAGUUUGCUUUUGCAAUGUACUCGUAGAAGAGAUAUAUUUUUCUUUUAAGCGUAUAAGGUCAAUAAUUGUGCAUUGCAUGAGAUGCUUGUAUAGAUUAUGAAUCCUUUGUUUGUAUAGUAGAUUUCCUACUUUGUAUUAGUUUGGCCAAUUGGCCACAUAUUAUUUGUAUCUGUCGAAGAUCUAUAAUAAUUCACUUUUCAUUUC